CUCUUCUCCUGCUUGUUCACACACGUACUCGGCCUCACGCUGCACACACACACACACACACCGUCUCCUCCUCCGACUGCCUCUGUGGACUGUGCACAUCAAAGAAGAAGAGUUUGAGGACGCAAAGGUUUUGGACCAGCUGUGUGUUUGUGUGUUUGGGAUUAGAACCAACACUGAUCCAUGUGCAAGAGCUGAAGAAGGAAGUGAUUUUUAUUUUAUUAUUUUUUUUUUUUUAUGUCAUUUUUUUGUUUGUUUUGGCUUUCCACUCAGUCACACAGACAUAACUUUUUCUUACUUGGGAAGCCACUACUUCUUCUUUUGGCACUGACGACUCACUCGGCAGGAUGACAUGGCGUCCUCAGUACCGCAGCUCCAAGUUUCGCCACGUGUUUGGUAAAGCUGCCACCAAGGAGAGCUGCUAUGAUGGUGUGCCAAUCACACGCAGCGUCCAGGACAACAACUUCUGCGCUGUCAACCCACGCUUCCUGGCAGUCAUCACUGAGUGCGCUGGGGGAGGGGCUUUCCUGGUCCUGUCGGUCCAUCAUACUGGUAAAGUGGACCCUCACCACCCCAGGGUCUCCGGACACAGAGGAAACGUGUUAGAUGUGAAGUGGAACCCCUUUAACGACUACUGCAUCGCCUCCUGUUCUGAGGACUCCACGGUGAAAGUGUGGGAAAUCCCUCCUCAUGGUGUGUUGAAGAACCUCACAGUGCCGUUGAAGGAGCUUCAGGGUCACAGCCGCAGAGUGAGCAUCAUUGAAUGGCACCCGACGGCCAACAACAUACUGUUCAGCACCGCCUAUGACUACAAGAUAAUGAUCUGGAGCCUGGACUGUCCAGAGCAGGUGAUAAAGAACCCCGUGCGGACCAUCAGCCACCAUACGGAUGUGGUCCUCUCCAUGUCUUUCAACACAGAUGGCAGCCUCUUCGCCACCACCUGCAAAGACAGGAAGGUCAGACUCAUGGAGGCGCGCUCAGGAAAUCUGCUGCAGGAGGCCAACUGUAAGACGCACAGAGCCAAUAAGGUGCUGGUCCUGGGGAACAUGAAGAUGCUCCUCACAACAGGGACAUCACGCUGGAAUGAGCGGCAGAUCGCUCUGUGGGAUCAGGAUGAUAUGUCAGUGCCUUUGUUAGAAGAGAAUCUGGACGGGUCGUCAGGCGUCCUCUUUCCUUUCUACGACCCUGACACGCAUAUGCUUUACCUGGCCGGGAAGGGUGACGGGAACAUCAGGUACUAUGAGAUCAGCUCAGAAAAACCCUACGUCCACUACCUUACAGAGUACCGCUCCCAUCUGCCUCAGAAAGGAAUGGGUGUGAUGCCAAAAAGAGGCCUGGAUGUGAGCUCCUGUGAAGUGUUCAGGUUCUACAAACUGGUGACAAUCAAGAGUGUCAUUGAGCCUCUUUCCAUGAUUGUACCACGCAGGUCGGAGUCGUACCAAGAAGACAUUUAUCCAAUGACAGCUGGUAACAUCCCUGCUUUGACUGCAGAGGAAUGGCUCAGCGGGAUCGACAAAGGCCCGGUGUUGAUGUCUCUGAAGCCUGGAAGUCAAGUAGCAGAGUCGUUGUCAGAGCUGGGAAAAGGGCAGGGAAACGUCGUGGACACUCGCAGGUCUCAGAGUCGGCCGGGGAUGCUACAGCUCGCGUACAUUCAGGACCAACUAGGCACCAAAGAUGGCAAAGAGGACAGCACUCUGACGGACCAGGACAGGAAUCGGACGCCGGUUAGCAACGGAGAAGACCUUGCACUUUGCUCUCCUCCAAGGACAGAGAAUGAGCUGCGGCUCAAGUUCCACAAGCAGCAGGAGGAGAUCCGACGGCUGAGGGAGCUUCUCAACCAGAGAGAUGUUCGCAUCAAACAGCUGGAGCUGGAGAUCAAGAACGUCAAAAACACACAGACUCCGAGUUCACUUUAAGACUUGCUCGUACUACAGAGUCGACUUCACCUCCCCACAGGACACAUGCAUAACUGUACAAACCUACUAACCCCAUUUUCAAAGCACCUGAUUCACCUCUUUUCUUCCUUCGAGCUCCUCAUACUCACUGCACAGGGAUAAUUUAAAGCCAGUAUCACCUGAACGUUCUGCUGUCGUACUAUUGUUCCUUCGAUUCUACACAAGGUGCACAUAUUCUUUCUUCAUGUACAUACACUUUUAAACACUGAGUCUUAUCCAUGUCAUAACCAGUUUUAAAACUCUGCACCCCUCAACCUUCCCCUUGUUUUCUUUUGUACGCUGCACAGCUAUGCAAGUUUAUUGCAAUUUUUAGCUUUUUUAUGCUCUUAGUAGCUGAGAGAGAGAAAAGGAUGUCUGAGCCAGUUUGACUGACUGAUGUGGCUGUUUGCAUAUUGUUUGAAAGUUGUUGCAAGGUUUGGAGCAGACAUCCUGUGUGAUUGUAAGAUAACGCUGAAUUUAUUUUCUAUGCUUGGUGAUUUUUUUUUUUUUCUGUAUUUAAACUACUGUAAUUGGACAUGGCUGUGGUGUGUACGUCUGCAAUGAAUGAAAGUGAGCUACAUGAAUGACUAUACCGUGCUCCCAGGUCCAAGUGAGCUGCGAUUGUUUUUAUUUUUCAUUUCUUAAUUGGUGAAAAAAAAUCCUUCCGUUUUUGUUUUUUUUCGCUUUGAGUUGUUUCACAGUACUGUCAUGUUUUUAACUGAUGCCAUGUAGCAAUCUUACUUUUUAAUUUAUUUUUAAAAUGCAGUCAAUAACACAAUACCGGUCAUUUAAAACCACAUACUUGAAAUUUGAAAUUGAGAUUGUAAUUUUGGAAAAUACACAAAUCAAACUGUAAAAAGAAUGAAAACCUGUGUACUUUUUACUGGUUUUGAGUCACUGUGAGGAAAAAUAGUUAUUUAGAUAGUCAACCUACUUCUGUUUGUCAAAAAAAUAUAUUAUUACAAGCCAAAAAAGUUGACUUUUAACCUCAAAUAAAACGACUAAAUGUCAUCUAUGUGAUUCAGGGUUUGAAAGGCUCAAACUAAAGAUAUAUAUCAUACUAAUAAAUGUGUUUGAGACUGUUAAGCUACCUGGAUAAAGCAUUUUGAUUUGGUUGGUGCUAACCCUUAGCAUGUUAACAGAAUGUUAAACUAUUCCCUCAGUGUGUUUUCCCAGGUUGGGUUUCUUCUUCUGGAUGCUGAAUGUUAAGUGUUGAAUGUUCAUUUAUUCUAGCCUUGUUAGCAGUACUUUCACUACGACCACAUAUCAAGCCUUCCUCAGCAGGAAGAGUUUGAUCAGCAAACUGUCGACAGUCCUGCUGAAAGCUGUAAAAAGCAAAUGGUGGAUGUUGAGCUAAGAUGUUUUUGUAAUUUACUGGUGUUUUCCGUAUGUGUGCCUGUUCAGGCUCAUACAACAGUAAAAAAAUAUG